CAUGACAAAAAAUAGUUGGCCUUAAACACGCACACUUUGAACUAAAGUGGUUUUAGUUAUUAACACAACAUCUCGUUGACUAAUCAAAUUCUAAAAGCUAUAAAUAUAGAAGACCAUGUAAAUAAGAGACGAACAAAUGUCUGAAAUGGAACACAAAGAAACAGAGCCACCUCGAAAACAAUUGAGACAGCCUCCUUCUGUUCCUUUCAUAUGGGAAGAGAGGCCUGGCUACCCCAAGAAGAAUUGGCAACCUUCGUUAGCCACCUUCGUGCCUUCUCCUCCUCCCCUUCCCCCACCUGUCCCAGUCCCGGUUAAGCUGGUCACAUCGGUUCCUUUCCGUUGGGAAGAAACGCCUGGAAAACCUCUCCCUGAUUCCUCAAAUGACCCACCUCAGCUUCCACAUCCACCAUCAGAAACCACUACGACAACUCCAUUACCGCCUCCAGUUCCUGUUCCGGUUAAGCUGGUUACUUCAGUUCCGUUCGAUUGGGAAGAAACGCCUGGACAACCAUACCCUUGUUUUGCAACUUUUGUUGAUUUCAAUCCAUCUGAGCCGUUGGAUCAACCGCUGCCACCUCCUCCCAUGUACGGUGAGGUUGAAACCAGCAGUGAUAUUUUUGAUGACGCAAGCAGUGAUUCCUUCAGCUCUGUGCCGUCUCUAUUAGCAACAAACCGCUCGGUUUCGAUAUCCGGUACUGUGGUGGCAAUGGAUGAUGUUGAUGACAAUCUGAAUAGAGAGACUACCUCAUUGCCAUCGUCGCCAACUUAUGAAUCUGAUGACAGUACGAGCAGUUACAUGACUGGAGCUUCCAGUCUUGUGGGAGCUUCGUUCUUGGAAAAGCUUUUUCCACGUCUUCUUCCAUCAGAAAAGGUCAAAGCUGCUGAUUCUGAGGACGUUAAGGUUUCUACUCGUCCGUUGCAUGAAGAAGUUAAGCCUACUACAGAAUCCGACAACAUGAAUAUUGGUUUUCCUGUGAGGACGCCACAGACACUUGGGGAGCUAAUAAUGAUGAGCCGAAGGAGAAGCUAUAUGAGAAGAGCUGUUGAAAUGAGAAAGCAGAAGAAUCUUUACACGGAAUUUACAAAGAGUGGAGCUGAUAGCUGUUGCCUCUUUGUGCCGGGCAUCAAAAUGAUAGAAGGACUUGAGUGGAAAAAAUACCAACCGAGGUUGAAGCUCAUUUAGAAGAAAACUCUUUACAAAGGUCCUCACAAUUUGCAUCCCCAAACAUUUCAGAAGUUGUUUUCUUUUUUUUUUUCAUAGACAAGAAACUUGUAAAUGCAGUAUAGUAAAUUCGAGGCGAUUGAAUGCCGUACUCUUUUGUGGUGUAGAACACGCAACUCAUAUCAUUUAUCUC